CGGACCGCUCGGCAUUUGCACACACUGUUUUACGCCUCGGAUUGUCAAACAUUUUCAUAUCCUGCUUCAUUUAACUCUGUAUGCAAUUGCAAGUUAGACGUGUUACGACAAGAUUUUGAUGAGGCGGAGUUACAGCUGUUCGUCGUGAUAUUUAAAUUUGAAGUCAUGUCUUUUCACCAGGACCGCGGGGUUCCCAGGGGUGCAAUGCCCCCCGGGCAAAACUACCGCGCCACUAACCUGAGGCCCCCACCACCUCUGCAAGUUGCACCCCCGUACGCCUACGAUUCUCAAUCUUCCGCCCCGCCUGGGUACCAUGGGAACAGUAGCACCUACAUGCCGCCGCCGCCGCUGCCGCACUCUGACUUUGUGUCAUACCCGCCGCCAGCGCCACCCUCGACGCCGGGCUCGCUUCACCCAUGUCCGAUGCGUCCGCCCUACACCAAGCCACCUAAUUUCCCGCCUCCGCCCUUGCCCGGCGCUCCCAUGCCCAGCUCACCGAUGCCGCAGAACGCCUACCACCCUUACAUGAUGCCGCCCGUGCCCCCGCCGCCUUUGCCACACCCUCCCAUGCCACCUCCAAAUCCGCCUCCGUCUAUGACUUACCCCCCUCCGUACCACAUGGGCUACCCUCAUCCUCCCCAUCCCCCUUUCCCUCCGCCUCCCUUCAACCCGGGAUACACCCAGAGCCCCGGCUCAUUCGCACCCGAUCAGAGCUUCCACCACGGGGGGCAGUACAAAUACGAGAAGCCCGGCGGUGGCGGCGGCGGGCGGUCCCCUGAGCGAGGAUAUCGCCAUGAUGACCACCGAAAGCGAGGCUACGUUGGCUACGGGGACAGGCAUCGCCUGGACGUUCCCAGAGAGCGCAAGGACCGCGGCAGGAGCCCGGACAGACGCGGCAGGACUGAGGGUGGGCGCUACAAGUCCGAGUAUGACGCGGGACGCUCCCCCUGCGGCGCACGUGGAAGCCGCGAUCGCAGCAGGGAGCGCUACCGCUACCGUGACACUCGAAGAUCCCCGUCGCCUGAUCGACACCGAAAGAGGCCUCGCAGUCGCUCGACCAGCAGAGACAGGAAGCGCAGCCGGUGGGAGGACGAGCGGGACCGCCGGUCCGAGUCCUGGUCGGCCCUGAGCCGAGAUCGCGGCUACUCUUCCGCCCGUAGCCGAGAUUCCGAGGAGUGCGGUGGCGAGAGAGAGCAGGCCGAAGCCGAGCGGCACAAGGACAGGGGCGAGGAUGAGACGGAGGAGGACGACAUGCUGAAGCCCGCCUGGAUCCGUUGCACCCACGCUGAGAACUUCUACUCCAACGAUCCCAUGGAUCAAGUGGGAGACUCCACUGUUGUCGGCACGAGUAAACUACGAAACCUCUACGAGCGCUUUGAGGAGGAGCUGGGAAGGCGGCAGGCGAGAGCCAAGGAGUCCCGACCCAAGUGGGACCCGCCAAAGACCAAACUGGAUGAGGACCCCGGCGCCAGCAGCAGCGAGUCGGAGUGCGAGUCGGACGAGGAGGCAAGUUCUUGCUCCAGCAGCUCCGACUCAGAGUUGUUUGACGUCAUCGCUGAAAUCAAGAGGAAGAAAGCGCAUCCCGACCGGCUUCACGACGAGCUGUGGUACAACGACCCGGGACAGAUGAACGACGGCCCCCUGUGCAAGUGCAGCGCCAAGGCCCGUCGCACAGGCAUUCGUCACAGCAUCUACCCAGGGGAAGAGCCUGUGGAAGUAUGUCGUGGGAUGAACAACAACACCGGCAAGUUGUUCCACUAUCGGAUCACCGUGUCUCCGCCCACCAACUUCUUGACGGACCGUCCCACUGUGAUCAACUACGACGACCACGAGUAUCUUUUUGAGGGCUUCUCCGUCUUCUCCCACACUCCCCUCACCAGUAUUCCAUUGUGCCGCGUGAUCCGCUUCAACAUAGAUUACACCAUCCACUUCAUAGAGGAGAUGGCGCCCGAGAACUACUGCGUGCAGGGCCUGGAGCUCUUCGCCUCCUACCUCUUCCAGGACAUUCUGGAGCUGUACGACUGGAACCUCGCAGGCCCAGAUUGGGAGAAUAAAGGCGGCGGAUGCCAGCGCUUCCACUUCAUGCCUCGUUUUGUGCGAUUCCUACCCGAUGGUGGGAAGGAGGUGCUGUCCAUGCACCAGGUGCUGCUCUACCUCCUGAGCAGCAGCAAGCCGCUGGUCCCCGAGGAGCAGAUCGCCGACAUGCUGCAGUGGGAGGAGCUGGCGUGGCAGAAGUAUGCGGAAGAGUGCAAGGGCAUGAUCGUCACCAACCCGGGCUCGAAACCGAGUUCGGUGCGGAUCGACCAGCUGGACCGGGAGCAGUUCAACCCAGACGUCAUCACCUUCCCCAUCAUCGUUCAUUUCGGGAUACGGCCUGCCCAACUCAGCUACGCUGGAGACCCUCAGUACCAGAAGCUGUGGAAGAGCUACGUCAAACUGCGCCACCUGCUGGCCAACAGCCCCAAGGUCAAGCAACUGGAUAAGCAGAAGCUGACGCAGAGGGAGGAAGCUCUUCAGAAGAUCCGUCAGAAGAACACCAUGCGCCGCGAGGUGACGGUGGAGCUCAGCAGCCAGGGAUUCUGGAAGACCGGCAUUCGCUCCGACGUCUGUCAGCACGCCAUGAUGCUGCCCGUCCUCACCCAUCACGUCCGCUACCACCAGUGCCUCAUGCACCUGGACAAGCUGAUUGGCUACGUCUUCAAGGAGCGUUGCCUCUUGCAGUUGGCCAUGACGCAUCCCAGUCACCAUCUCAACUUUGGGAUGAACCCCGACCACGCCCGCAACUCCCUCUCCAACUGCGGCAUCCGGCAACCCAAAUAUGGCGACAGGAAAGUUCACCACAUGUACAUGAGAAAGAAAGGAAUCAACACUUUGAUCAACAUCAUGUCCCGCCUGGGCCAGGAUGACCCUUCCCCCUCCAGGAUCAAUCACAACGAGAGGUUGGAGUUCCUGGGCGACGCCGUGGUGGAGUUCCUCACCAGUGUCCACUUGUAUUACCUUUUCCCCACUUUGGAAGAAGGAGGCCUGGCCACCUACAGAACAGCUAUUGUGCAAAACCAGCACUUGGCCAUGCUCGCCAAGAAACUGGAGUUGGAUCGCUUCAUGCUCUACGCUCACGGGCCGGACCUGUGCCGGGAGUCGGACCUGCGGCACGCCAUGGCCAACUGCUUUGAGGCCCUCAUCGGUGCCGUUUAUUUGGAGGGCGGCUUGGAUGAGGCCCGGCAACUAUUCGGACGACUGCUCUUCAACGGCCAGGACCUGCAGGAUGUUUGGCUCCACUACCCGGCGCACCCUCUGCAGGUACAGGAGCCCCAGACGGACCGGCAGCUGAUCGAGUCCUCGCCCGUCCUGCAGAAGCUGACGGACUUUGAGGAGUCCAUCGGUGUGCUGUUCACGCACGUCCGCUUGCUGGCCCGAGCCUUCACGCUGAGGACGGUGGGCUUCAACCACCUCACGUUGGGCCACAACCAGAGGAUGGAGUUCCUGGGGGAUUCUAUCAUGCAGCUGGUGGCCACCGAGUACCUUUUCAUCCACUUCCCCGACCACCACGAGGGACACCUAACCCUUCUGCGCAGCUCGCUGGUCAACAACCGCACGCAGGCCAAAGUGGCGGAGGAACUGGGCAUGCAAGAGUUCGCCAUCACCAACGACAAAACCAAGCGGCCCGUGGCGCUCCGGACCAAGACCUUGGCCGACUUGCUGGAGUCUUUCAUCGCAGCACUCUACAUCGACAAGGACCUGGAAUUCGUGCACACCUUCAUGAACGUCUGCUUCUUCCCUCGACUGAAGGAGUUUAUUCUCAACCAGGACUGGAAUGACCCCAAGUCGCAGCUGCAGCAGUGUUGCCUGACGCUCAGGACGGAGGGCAAGGAGCCCGACAUUCCGCUCUACAAGACGCUGCAGACGGUGGGGCCGUCGCACGCGCGCACCUACACCGUGGCCGUCUACUUCAAGGGCGAGCGCAUCGGCUGCGGAAAAGGACCCAGCAUCCAGCAGGCCGAAAUGGGAGCUGCCAUGGACGCACUUAACAAAUAUAACUUCCCGCAGAUGGCCCAUCAGAAGCGCUUCAUCGAGCGCAAGUACCGGCAGGAGCUGAAGGAGAUGAGACGCCAGCGCGAGCGCCAGGAGAAGGACGCCGACGAGCCCCACGCCGGCAGGAAGUGAGGCGCCCGGGCCGUGUUUGUUUUGGCGCCCAAAUCUGUGAGAAACCCAAAAAGACACGGACACUGCUUUUUCAGCCUAAUGCCGUUUUUGCUCAGCAGGAGCGAGCGCAGCCACCACACCCAAACAAAAUGUUUUUAAGCUUGAAUGUGGACGUAAAUAAAUCGAAUGAUAAUGAAGAUGUCUGCAAA